CUCACUUUUCCCCGUGCCCGGCCCCCUUUAUCGCGUCUGCCCUCCUCUAUCGGACUUCGGAGGAUCGAUCGGGACUUUCCUUACCCCCCCGUCCCAUCGCCUCUCUCUCCCUCUUCCUCUCGCUUCCUCUUCGCAUCCCCUCGGCAUCUGCCCCUCCCAUCUCCCUCUUCUCCCUGCUUUUCUCCCUUCCUCCUCCUCCUCCUCCCGAGGAUCCAUCACUCCUGGCCAUGAAGAAGCUUGAAAGCCGCCCAGCACCGGCGAGCUCCGCCGGCAAGAAGCUGCGCCCGCCGGCCAAACGCCCGGUCGGACGUGGCUCCGCCCGGGAGAAGCUCAUCCAUCGGGCUUGUGCGGCGGCCACUUCGGCCUUUGCCUAUGACAAGGUUUUGUCUCCUCCAGCCACGGUCCUGCCCUCCAGCGCCGGUGACACCCCCCUGGCCCCGUUCAUUCCGUUGGCCGAUCACCGGCCCCCGGCCGCCUCGGCGCCUGCGCCCGCCCUCAACGGGUAUACCCCCUUCGAGCCGGGCUCCCUGCUGGACCCGACGCCGGCUGCCUUGGCCGAGCGCCGGGCCGGUCGGGAUUUGUCCUCCUGCGCCAAGCUUGCCGAGCUGGUGGAGUCCUCGCCGGAGCUGAUGGAAGCCCGCCUGGGAGCGCUCCUGCGCAAACAAAAACGCCUCAAGGCCACCCUCGCCGAACGUACUGCCAUCAUUGCCAGGGCCAAGUUGCAAAACCGCUACCUGCUGGACAUGGUGGCUGAUGCUGAUCCGGAGCCCUACAACGACCUGGACUGCGACCUGGACGAGGAGUUUGAUCUUGCUGGUCCGCCGCCUGCACCCAAGUGGCAGGCCAUUGGCCAGCCGUCGGUGGAUCCGGUGCUCGAUUUGCCGCACCUGACCAAAAAACCUUUCCCCACGCCCCAGGCCCCGCAUCAGGGGUUCACCUUCCCGCUGGAUCUGCUUGGCAUCAAUCUGGUCAUCCACGAUGUGGACCCGGUGCCGGAGCUCAACGAGAUCUGCUGGGCCAUGAACCCCAACCGCACCGAGGCCACCAUGACCACGCCGCAGAUGGACACCGACCCGGCAUCCCCCUCCUUCGGCCAGCAGGUGGACGAGCGUGUAGUCCGAGUGGUGCCUCGGCUUCGAGGCGAUGUGCAGCCCUCGUUGGCUUUCGCGUCGAAUAUCGAGGCAGCCACGGUGGCCUGCGUGCAGGUUCAUCGGCUCGGCACCAUCGAGCAUGUCCGCACGACGUACCACAGUGCUCGGUACUUUUACCCGAUCGGCUUUAUGGCCACCCGGCGCCAUGUGUCCUUCACCGAUCCCCGGCGCUUGACCACAUACCAGCUGGAGAUUCUGGACGGCGGUCCGGUUCCGCGGUUCUCCAUCCACGCCCUGGACCAGCCCAAGAAGCUCUUCGUCACCAACAGCAUCAUCCAAAGCUGGAAGCAGAUCCAGAAUGAGAUUGUCAAGGCUCGCGAGCAGCUUGGCUUGGCCUCCUCUUUCGAGGACCUUGACGAUGUUUUCAACAAGCCCUCGCCCUAUGAGCGUGUGGUGACACCGCUGUCCUCGGGCGUGGCCCCCCCCGGGACGACCGCCAUCGGUAUGGCACCUCCACCCGGAGCGCUGACCGUGGCCGUGGUCAACAACACCCUCACCGCGCCGGAUCUCUUUGGCUUGUCUGAUCCGACGGUGCUUCGGCUCCUGAUGACCCUGCCCGGCGCCGAUAUGUGUCGGAAGUUCAUCGUCAACGCCCGGCGGGCAUACAACGAGCAGCGGCGUCUCGGACGUCGUGAGGCGGCCGCCGCUGCCGCCGCCGCCGCCGCCUCCCCCGGCCCCGGGGACACCACUCCAUCUGACCGGCGCUCGGCCGCACCCAGCCAGCGCGCCACCCCCUCCGGCGGCGGUGGCACCACAUCGACCGACCCUCCGGCCAGGUUUGGCAAGUCCGCCAAAACACCUGCCCCCUCCUCCUCCUCGACCACUUCAGCCUCUUCUCCCUCCUUCCCAUCGCAAUCGACUCCAUCGCGCGGUGCUGGUACCACAUCGCGUGAUACUCCCUCUCGGCGUCAUCGAGGUGACCCCUCGGAGGAUGCCGGGCCUCGGCGGGCCCCCUUGGCCCCGGCCCCGCCGGUGACGGGGUCCCCCUCGCGACGCCCCGGCGAUCGGGCAGAUCGCAGUGAUGCUCGUCCGGCGCGUUCGCGCUCGAGGUCACGCUCCCCCUCGCGCGGGCGCCCCGCCCCCCGGCGCCCCGCCAGCCCGGCCCGGUCGUUCUCCCCCGCCACUGCCUCGCCCUCUUCGCGGCAACGCCGGCGACAUGUCUCCCGGUCCCGGUCCCGGUCUCGGUCCCGGUCUCGGUCCCGGUCUCCUCCGCGGUCACAGCGCUGGUCAAGGUCGCGCUCUCGUUCGCGCAGUCCCCACCGGCCGGCCGACCGCCGUCCUGUGGAUCGCUAUGCCGGCGGCCCGACCGCCGACCGGGGUGGCAGCGGAUCCACCUACCGGCCCGGGAGAGGAGGUCGAUCCCGCUCACGCUCACGCUCUCCAUCGGACAGCGGUGGCCCGCGUCGCGGGUAUUCCCCCUCCCCCUCGCGCCGGCGGGGGCCCUCCUCCUCGCACCACCGGUCACGCUCGCGCUCGCCCCCCUCCUCGUCCACAUAUCACCGGUCACGGCCGGCGUCCUUCCCCUCGCCCCGGCGGUCCCCCUCGCCCGGGGCCAAUGCCAGUGGCUAUCGCGACCGCUACCACCGGUCACGCUCGCGCUCUCGCUCGCCAUCCUCCACAGGUGGCGCCCAGAGGUUCUAUGGCCGCCGCGGCAAUGAUCGCCGGUUCUAGUUCAUCCCCGGGGCCCCGGUCUCUCCCGCCCCCCCCCUGCCUCCCGCCCGUGCUUUCCCUCUUGCCUGGAGCAGAAAUAUAUUCCCGGCGUGCUGUGCACAUGAUAUUCGGAA